GGGUUUAAGCUAAGAGUAAUCCGCGUGACCACAGGCUUAAAGCAUACUAGUGAUGGCUCCAUCACUGCCAAACACUGGCCUUUUUGUAGGACUAAAUAAAGGCCACAUUGUCACCAAAAAAGAGAUUGCUCCUCGCCCCUCAGACAGAAAAGGGAAAAGUAGUAAAAGAGAACUAUUUGUUAGGAGCCUGAUCAGGGAAGUUGUGGGCUUUGCACCAUAUGAGAAGAGGAUUACUGAGUUGCUGAAAGUUGGGAAAGAUAAGCGUGCAUUAAAAGUGGCAAAGAGAAAGUUAGGCACACACAAGAGGGCGAAGAAGAAGCGUGAAGAGAUGUCUAGUGUUCUUCGUAAGAUGAGGUCUGCUGGAGUUGGAGAGAAGAAAAAGUGAAUGUAAUAAUUCAUUUCAACUUCCGUUCUGAUCAUGGCUAUUUGAAUGAGUAACCAUUUUGUUUUGGGUUAGUAGUUGAACGAAACCUAGUGUUUUUUUUGUUUUUUUUUUGAGGCGGGGGAGGGUUUGUUUUUGUUUUGAAUCACGUGCAUGUGGUUAUGAGAAGGCAAUGCAUUCAAUGGGUUAGAAUUUUGUUUCUCUAAGAUUAAGGUAAUUCAUGUUGGAGAUUUUGACUAUAGGGGAGGAUCCUGGGUUUUUUAUUGUUUUGAAUCAUGUGCAGGGGGUUAUGAGAAGGCAAUGCAUUCAAUGAGUUAGAAUUUUGUUUU